GCCAUUUGUGUAAUAAGCUAAUCAGAUUUUGCGCGCUGUCUGACGGCCAUUUCUUUAUCGACUGUGUACGGAAUUUAAUUAAAUAGAAUUAUUUAAACAUGAUUUUUCGGAUGUAAUAGUUAAAUUAAUGUGUUAAAAGUUAAGCAUACCAAUUGAAGAUCACUCCGUGAUAGCUAUUAGAAAUAUGAGUGGAUUCAUUUUUAUUGCGAUAAUUAUUGUUCAGCAACUGCUGACAAUAGCUGUGAGUUCAGAUUUAAAUACUCAACAAGUGUUCAGUAGCUCUGAGUUGCCCUUAGAUGUUGAAAUAUUUUCAAACUAUACAUUUGAAAGGAUGGUGCAACCAGAAGAGUGUUCAUAUAGUAAUUUAACAAAAUGUCAUAUCAACGAGGGUUUGCAUAACGAUUACCAUUUACAGUGUUACAAAGACGUAUGUCGGAGGAAACAUUACUAUUGUUUGGACAAACCUAACGACAACACCGUUCAUAUAUGUGGGAAAGCUGACAAGUGUGAUAAACGAAAAAGAAGCAUAGCUGUGAUUAUUCCAAACGAUUUGAAUCAAGUUCAUGUCUGUAGCAUUGCGUGUCAGCCCGGAUAUGCCCAAGUGAAUGGGGUCAAUUGUUUUAGCCCUUGUGUCAAGGACGACUCUAUUAUUGUUCGGGCGACAACAGAGACAGACGGAAAACGAGCUUUGGCACGCUGCCACGCCGAGGAAGGCUAUUGCAAUGCAAAUCGCACAACGUAUUUUGAGAUCGGGUCAAGUGAAGACGAGUGCGUUGUUGCAGAUGAUGACCUUGGAAUACGUUGUGAAAAAGGUGAAGAGUUAAUGCCAGACUGUUCGUGCGUAGAGAAAUGUGAAUCUACCGACGAAAGGGAUUGGAAUGAUUCACUAAUGUGCAAGCCGAAAGAGAAAAAUGCUGUCACGAUGACUGACCAUGCAUUUUCAGCGACGAAUACUAUAGUCAAAACUUAUACAGAAAUAACACCUAAGAAAGAGGAAGUGUCUUUCGUAUCAGCAAAUGAGGAGAAGUCUGAAGCAAUUCAAAACAACUUUAAAGAAAAAACAGAAAUUAACAUUAACCAUUCAUCAGAAUCUGGCGUAACAGUAACAAUACUUGCUGUCGUGGCUGUUGUAGCUAUUAUAUCAGGUAUUGUCGGUAGUGUCGUAUACGUAGCCAUUCAACGCCAUCGCAAGGGAAAGGAAGGUUCUCCUCGACAAGACCCUGAAGCAAAAGAUUCUCCUCGACAAGACCCUGAAGCACAAGGUGGGGAUCAAACAACGGAUCAACGACACCCAGCAUACGAGAAAAAUAUGGUCAUAAAUAAUAAUAAAACUGAAAACAAUCCAAUACGUAUUCGAGGUAAAGAAAUUAAUGUAAAUAUAAUGCAUCCAAGUCUUGAAAGACUUCUUCCGAAGCAAGGGGAUAUCAUGAAAACACAUUCAAAAGCGAGUGACAGGCCUGCACACGAACAUUCAGAUGAAGAGCCAAUGAUGCAGCUUCUAAAGAUUCCACAAGAUGACAGUGGUAUUGAUAUAGAGGAUGAAACAACAGCAAGAAAGACAGUACGACAGUGCAACUGAAAAGGACACGGUGACAGUCUGGUUCAGUUAUGUACAAGCAUUUUAUGGUGGUUUAUAAGAUAAAAGUUGUCGAUUGCAAAUCUGUUCAUAUAUGCUAUACUCUUGCAACCUGUUCCGAUUAUGAGAGAAGUGUUCAAUUCAAUAUCAAAUAGAAGUUUCAAUUUAAUUUGAAACGAUAGAGUCUUUUCAUUUGUGUGUGAUAUGAAGAGUUUGAGUAGUAUAUACCAUGUUAUUGCAUUUUAUGUUAGACAUUUUUUUGUCACUAUCAUGAAAGGAACUCCACUGAGGUUCAAAAGCUUAAAAACAUGACAUUUGAAAAUCUUGCAAAUAUUAAGAGAAUCGCUUAAAAUGGAAAAAUCUGCAACGGAUAAUAAAGAAAUAAGCUAUGAGUAUUGAAUAUCGAUUUUACGUGAUGCUAAGCGGGAUUUGAGUGAAAAGCGAUUCAUCAGUUUUCAUUUUUCCUUUCAUUUUUCUCUAUAAAAGUGAUUUUUCUGAAACAACCGGUUGAGGGAAUGACCUGAAAAUUGCACACUAGUUAUUGUCCAGAUCUUCACCAAUAAGUGUGCUAAACAAAUCUCCGAAAAAUGAUUUACCAGUCAGGUUAUGUCAAAAAACUUCAGUGGAGUCCCUUUUAUACAAAAUUGAAUGUAGAUAGAACAGUCCCUUUAUUAAUUUCUUACAUAGAAAAUCAAAUUUUCAACAAAGAAGUGCAUUUACAUGUUUGCAUUAAUGAAUCUAUUAAUUUAUUAAACCGAAACUUUAAAAUUAUGUUUAAAUGUUCAUUUGUAUAUGUUACAUGACAUAUUCGUCUAACAGAUAAAUCAGUUACCAAACAGGCAUCAGUUAUCUAACAGGCAUCUGUUACCAAACAACGCACAACUUUUUUCUAUUUUUUUAUAAACUCUCUGUCAAUUUUCUACUAUCGUCAGAUUUUUUUUUACCAACCUAUAAACUAGUAAACAUUUAAAUAUUGUAAAACACGUUUAGGAUCCCUAUUUAUGACAAUUGUUAUGAAAGAUAAAACUAUCGAAACUGCCGUUGUAAUAACACUACAAAGGCAUUAGAACAAUACCUUAACUUACGCUCUGCUACCUUUCGCUUUUGUAGAGUAACGGAGCGAAAUAGAUCAUUUGACUUUACUGAGAUUUAAUUACAACUUGGCGCUUGUACGAUAAAUACAGGAAUUAUUGCACGAGUGCUAUUAUGAUGGGUUAUUUCCCUUAAGUUACAAUGUGGAAAUACAACUUCACGACAGCAAUGCAAUAUUCCUAAUUUUUUUUAUUAAUUGUGAAAUGUGCUAAAUAAGGUUGCUUGUUUUAGCAAUGUAAUGUUGUUGUUUUUGUUGUUGUUGUUGUUAUUAUUCUUAUUAUUAUUAUUUUUUCUUAAAGUUGUUCAGCAGCUAGAAAUUAAAUUGUGUUCUAAGUUAUGUAUAAUAACAAUUAUAAUUCAUAGUAUGAUGAUAAUUAUGAUGAUGAUGAUUUAUGUAAGAUUAACUUUUUUUUUGGAGAUUAACAAUUCAUCCAAGCAUUUAAAAUAAGACACACAAUGCAUUUGCUUUGGUUUAUUAUACUUACAUAUAAAUGUAAACAUUCAUGUAUUUAAAAAUAUAGCUUUUAACAAUUGAUUUGCUUUAUGAAAGUACUUAAGUCAUUUUAUGUUGACUCAUUCGACUCUUUCAAAUAUAUUGGAAGUCAAUUACUCUUUUUAAUCAAUCACACCUGUUUCGGCAGGUUAGACAUGCUAAACGAUGUGUAACAUUUCAAUUCCAAUGCGUAUAUGUUAAAUUAUCUGACUAUUUUUCUAGUACUGAAUAGUCCUAGUAACUUUGAUCAUUUUGACAAAUUAUACUUGACCCUAGUUUAACAAAAUCAACUUGAUUUGUCAAGCAUUUAGCAAUGUAGCUUACAUUUCAAGCGAGUUCAGUUUGAACUGAAGAAUAUAAACCUGUGUGUUCGGUAACAGUCUUGCCAUUGCUUUCAUAAUAUUUCUGUUAUUGAUAUAUUAUAUCAUGUUUGUCCCAUAUGUUUGUUAAACUGGAUGCUAUGGAAUGGUUUAUCCAAUUAUAUGAUAAUAUAUAAGCUUUUCAUAGAUCAAUUGUUUACUUUAAGCAGGGAUACAACCAUUUGGUUAUCAAGUUUGCUCAAUAUUCAUUUUAGAG